AUGCAAACCCCAGAGGCAGGCGCUGACUCGACGUCAACCGUGCCCCUCCAGACCAGCGUGCCUGUUCAGCCUGCCGUCACUGCCCAACAGGUGGCCUCUCAGGUCCCCAUCCAGCAACAGGCCCAGACUGUUCAACAGGUCCAACAUGUAUACCCAGCACAAGUGCAGUACGUGGAGGAAAACAGUGGAGUUUACACAAAUGGAACAAUACGGACGUAUUCCUACACAGAGCCCCAGCUGUACAGCCAGAAUAGCGGUGGAAAUUACUUUGACACGCAAGGCGGGUCAUCCCAAGUAACCACGGUGGUGACCUCGCACAGCAUGGCAAACAACGGGAACGGAAACGGGGGGCUGUCCAUGGGACUGGCCGGGGGGCAGAUCAUCAGCAGCUCGGGGGCGUACCUCAUCGGGGGAAAUUCGAUGGACAGUUCCGCCCCUCACCCCGCGGCCCAGACCACCCGAGCCUCGCCGGCCACCAUUGAAAUGGCGAUUGAGACACUGCAAAAGUCUGAGGGUUUGUCCAGUCAGAGAAGUUCGCUGCUCAACAGCCAUCUGCAGUGGCUGUUGGAUAACUACGAGACGGCAGAGGGCGUGAGCCUGCCCCGCUCCACGCUCUACAAUCACUACCUACGCCACUGCCAGGAGCAGAAACUAGACCCGGUCAACGCCGCAUCUUUCGGGAAACUCAUCCGCUCCAUCUUCAUGGGGCUGCGCACGCGACGCCUGGGAACCCGUGGGAAUUCAAAGUAUCAUUACUACGGGAUCCGGGUAAAGCCGGACUCACCCCUUAACAGGCUUCAGGAGGACAUGCAGUACAUGGCUCUCCGCCAGCAGCCUGUCCAGCAGAAGCAGAGGUUUAAGCCAGUACAGAAGGUGGACGGCGUGUCAGGAGACAACUUCUCCAGCAGUGGGCAGCAUACUCCCAGUGCUGCAGAGCAGACGGUCAUCGCACAAAGCCAGCACCAUCAGCAGUUCCUGGACGCCUCCCGGGCGCUCCCAGAAUUUGUGGAGCUGGACUUGGGAGACACCAGCGCGGAAAACAUCACCCCCGAUGACAUCAAAGCUCUUCAGUCACUGUACAGAGAGCACUGUGAGGCCAUUUUGGAUGUGGUGGUUAACCUCCAGUUCAGUCUGAUAGAGAAGCUGUGGCAGACCUUUUGGCGCUAUUCCCCCUCCAGCUCUGUGGAGGGCGCCACCAUCACAGAGAACAGCGGAGUGAGUGAGAUGGAGGGCCGUCUGCCACGGGCCAAGCUGCUGGUGCUCUGUAGGAAUGAGGCGGUGCUGAAGUGGAUGAGUAUGUGUGAUCACCUCAUGUAUCAGGCCUUGGUGGAGAUCCUCAUCCCUGAUGUGCUUAGACCCAUUCCCAGUGCCUUGACUCAAGCCAUCCGUAACUUUGCCAAAAGCCUAGAGGGCUGGCUGACCACCGCCAUGAGCUCCAUUCCCCAGAGAAUGAUCCAGACCAAGGUUUCCUCUGUUAGUGCCUUUGCCCAGACAUUGCGCAGAUACACAUCUCUGAACCAUCUGGCCCAGGCAGCUCGAGCAGUGCUGCAGAACACCUCCCAGAUCAACCAGAUGCUGAGCGACCUCAACCGAGUGGACUUUGCCAACGUGCAGGAGCAGGCUUCCUGGGUGUGUCAGUGCGAGGAGGGCGUGGUUCAGCGUCUGGAGCAGGACUUCAAGGCCACCCUGCAACAGCAAAGCUCUCUGGAGCAGUGGGCCGCCUGGCUGGACAACGUGGUCAGUCAGGUGCUGAAGCCCUACGAGGACAGGCCCAGUUUCCCCAAAGCCGCCCGACAGUUCCUGCUCAAGUGGUCCUUCUACAGUUCUAUGGUGAUCAGAGACUUGACCCUACGCAGUGCUGCAAGUUUUGGCUCCUUCCACCUGAUCCGUCUGCUUUAUGAUGAGUAUAUGUUCUACCUGGUGGAACACCGUGUUGCUCAGGCCAUGGGCGAGACACCCAUUGGUGUAAUGGGAGAGUUCGAUGAUCUAAAUACCAUGUCACCAGCUAACAUAGACAAAGACGAAGUCAGCGAGAUGGACAGCGACUUGGAGGAGGAGCUGGACGAAUCCGGCGAGCCGCUGGCCAAGCGGGAGAAGGCCGAGACGGAGGUCAUCCAGGUGCUGCAGGUGGGGGCGAUGGAGGACGGUAGCAGCGCGGUGGUGGGGGUGGUCCCGCCGGGCAUGCUCAGCUCCCUGACCCAGUCUGCCGCCGAACACCCCGAGCACAUUCUCAGCCCCCCCGCGGGCCCCACCACCAUCCGCCACUGCAGCGCCGCCGCCGGAAACACGUACGCCUCGGUGUGA